AUGAAAAUUAAUGAAUGUAUGUAGUUCUAAACAAAUAAAGAGGAAAUUAAUUUAGAUAAGGAAGCGUCUGAUAUAGCUUAAAGAAUUUUGGAAAGAGUUCGAUAGAGAUCUUCUGCAAAUUCAGUAAAAAAGGAAUUGGCUUCUUAAUAUCUAAGAGCUAGUGAUUAUUAAAAAAGACAAUUGUUUCAAAGCAAUUAAUUAGAUUUUAGAAGAGAAUCUGAGAAAGUUACUAAAGGCACAAAUCAUGAGAUAAAACGAAAGGAAGAAAUAUUUAUUCCUGAAUUUAAAAUCAGCAAAGUUAACAGACCUUACGAGUUGGUUAGACUCGAGAACCAAUUUAAAAUAGAAGAUUUAAAAUUACCAUUAAAAAUCCCUCCCUAGUUUACUAGUUAAGAAAUUAAGGAUAUACAUCAAAAGACAGUUAAAAUCAAUAAUUAUGAAAGUAUUGGUUUUUAAGAAAAGAAAAAUGAGAAAAUGAAGUAAAUCUAAAUUAUGUAUAAAAUUAUAUGUAGUUUAGAAAUGAACAAUAGCCAUAAAAUAAUCAAAUGCAUUAACUUAACAGUAAAAGAAUUUCAUCUCCUAAGCGAAAUCAUUUAGAAAUGGAUGGCAAUUAUUAAACUAAAUCUUCUUUGAGUUUGAAAACUACUUAAUUAUAAACUCCAGUUUCAGUUCAAUUCAAAUAAUAGUAUAUAGUUUCACAACUAUAAGGAAGCUAAAAGAAUUUAAAAAAAAAUUAUGGAGAAUAUUUAACUAAACGAUGA